ACAUUAGGGUUCUCCAGCUUCAAGAAUUACUUCUCCCCCUUCGGCGGUUCAGUGCGCCAUCGUCACCGGCGGCGAUCACCGUCAUCCUCCGCAACUCCCUCCUCACCAUCAUCGUCGGCGGCUCACUCGCCGCCAUCAUCCGUGGAGAAUCGAAGGGAAAUUGUUCCGCUAAGAAAGUUGUCCUCUUUGCGCGUGUCCCGUUCUCUUCUCCAUUUCCAAAUUUGAAGCGAUUGCUUAGUAAAAAAGUUAAACAUUAAUCUACCAACAUGGAAGUCAAGCUAUGGAACGACAAGCGCGAAAGAGAGAUGUAUGAUAACUUUGCCGAACUCUUUGCCAUCAUCAAGGCCACCGAGAAGCUUGAGAAGGCUUAUGUUCGAGACAUCAUUUCGCCAGCAGAAUAUGAGCCUGAAUGCCAAAAACUGAUUGCCCACUUCAAAACAUUAGCUUCCACUCUCAAAGAUACUGUUCCAAGUAUCGAGCGGUUUCAUGAGACGUACAAAAUGGAUUGUCGUGCAGCCCUGAACCGCCUUGUGACAUCGGGUGUGCCUGCAACAGUUGAGCACAGGGCUGCUGCGUCGAUGUCGGCAACUACUUCAGCUGCCAUUGUUGCUGAAUGUGUUCAAAAUUUCAUUACGGCAAUGGACUCGCUGAAACUAAAUAUGGUUGCUGUUGAUCAAGUCCACCCAUUGCUUUCAGACCUUUAUGCUUCGCUCAACAAGCUUACCAUUUUACCUCCUGAUUUUGAGGGGAAGACAAAGAUGAUGGAAUGGCUUGGCAGGUUGUCGAAGAUGGGAGCAGCAGAUGAGUUGACAGAGCAGCAGGCUCGGCAGCUUCACUUUGAUUUGGACUCAUCUUACAACUCUUUUAUGGCAGCAUUGCCCACUGCAGGGACUUAACUGAUUGUGGUAAGCCUGUAAAUAAAUGAAUAGGAUGCUGUUUUGUAUCCAUGUGUCUGGUAUGUAGUGCAUCAUGGGUACUGCAACCGGUGGGACCUUUGUGAUUAUUUGAUAGGGGUUCUCUCGCAUUCUGUAACAUAUUAUUAUGUUCUAUUUGGGUGGCUGGCUUCUUGUGGUAUCUUCAUUUCCUUAUUGUCGUUGGUAAUUGUCAACAAUCAUUUGAUGCCAUGAUUGCUCUUUAAUUUGAGUGAUUGAUUGCACAUUUGGUUGGAUGUGGAAUGUUCUUUAGCCGUUUCUUUUCUUUAAUUCACUGGUAAAAUAAAUCUUUUCGCCAUUCAGUCUUCA